UGGGCAAAUCAAAAUAAACAUAUUAUUUCAUUAAAAAUUCCCAUCAAGCAUAUAUAUAAUUUCAAGAUGAAAUUGUUGUUAAUUUUCGCUAUCGUUCUAUAUUUUUCUUCGGAAAUUUUGGGCGCUGGUAAUUGUCCUCCUGAUGAUUGUAAGAGUAUCGCUUGUGGAGUUCCAAAUUGUGAGGGCGAGUUUCAUUUAAAGAAAGAUCCUUGUCUGUGUUGUCCUGCAUGUUACAAAGUUAAAAUAAGAACAAUGUCUUUAGAACGACAAUUAAUAAUAUUCAGUGUUGUCUUUUGUGGACUUACUAUUCCGAAUAGUCAGGCUAUAAAUUUUUCUGAAGAAUUUCAUCCUGAUCCUAUAGAGUAUACCAGGUGUUCUCCAUAUUAUUGUUCAAACAAAUUUUUUGUCUGUGAACCAAUAAGUUGUACAAAGGAUCAAAUAGAAACUUCUGUACCUGAAUGGUGCAUAUGUUGUUCGAAAUGUUUCAAAAAGUUAUAUAAGGGUGACGUAUGCGGAAAUGACAAAGACAGCAUAUGCGAUGACGGCCUCAAAUGUGUCAACAACAAAUGUGAAUAGUUUGCUUUGAUUUUGGUUUUGUUCUAAGAGUAAUUUACUGACGUAUUAUUAUAAAAAUCCUGCUUCUUUAGGGUGAUAUUU